GGAACGCGGACCUGCGGAGCGGGCCGGCGGCCAUUUUGUGAAGCGGCGAAGGUGGUGGUGGCUGCUGCAGGCUCCGGAAAGCCUUUCGCGUAGGGGCUGUCGGCCGCGGGCGGAGGCGCUCUCUUGGGGAGUAACUCGGCUCUGGGUUCGGGUGCCGCGCAGUUCUCCCCGGAUUGACAUGGCCUCUACUUCUUGUUAAGAAAAUACAUCUCUUGUUUUAUCAGGUGUGUGUGGUUUCAGCGCAGCAUGGCUGUGGUCAUCCGUUUGCAAGGUCUCCCAAUUGUGGCGGGGACCAUGGACAUUCGCCACUUCUUCUCUGGAUUGACCAUUCCUGAUGGGGGCGUGCAUAUUGUAGGGGGUGAACUGGAUGGCCCACUGUGUGACCUUGGUUCAGCUGUCCAUUUCCUGUGACCACCUCAUUGACAAGGACAUUGGCUCCAAGUCUGACCCACUCUGCGUCCUUUUACAGGAUGUGGGAGGAGGCAACUGGGCUGAGCUUGGCCGGACUGAGCGAGUACGGAACUGCUCGAGCCCCGAGUUCUCUAAAACUCUGCAGCUUGAGUACCACUUUGAAACAGUCCAGAAGCUCCGGUUUGGCAUCUAUGACAUAGACAACAAGACACCUGAGCUGGGGGAUGAUGACUUCCUAGGAGGGGCUGAGUGUUCCCUAGGACAGAUUGUGUCCAGCCAGGUAUUAACUCUACCCUUGAUGCUGAAGCCUGGAAAACCUGCUGGGCUGGGGACCAUCACGGUCUCUGCUCAGGAGUUGAAGGAUAGUCGUGUAGUAACUAUGGAGGUGGAGGCCAGAAACCUAGAUAAGAAGGACUUCCUGGGGAAAUCAGAUCCAUUCUUGGAGUUCUUCCGCCAAGGUGAUGGGAAAUGGCACCUGACAUACAGAUCUGAGGUAAUCAAGAACACCCUGAACCCCACGUGGAAGCGCUUCUCUGUUCCCCUUCAGCAUUUCUGUGGGGGAGACCCCAGCACACACAUUCAGGUGCGAUGCUCAGACUAUGACAGUGAUGGUUCACAUGAUCUCAUUGGUACCUUCCACACCAGCUUGGCCCAGCUGCAAGCAGCCCCGGUUGAGUUUGAAUGCAUCCACCCUGAGAAACAGCAGAAAAAGAAAAGCUACAAGAACUCUGGAACUAUCCGUGUCAAGAAUUGCCAGGUGGAAACAGAGUAUUCAUUCCUGGACUAUGUGAUGGGAGGCUGUCAAAUCAACUUUACUGUGGGCGUGGAUUUUACAGGCUCCAAUGGAGACCCCUCUUCACCUGACUCCCUGCACUACCUGAGCCCAACAGGGGUCAACGAGUACUUGACAGCACUCUGGAGUGUGGGCUGUGUGGUUCAGGACUAUGACUCGGACAAGAUGUUCCCUGCAUUUGGAUUUGGGGCCCAGGUGCCUCCUGACUGGCAGGUCUCCCAUGAAUUUGCCUUGAACUUCAACCCCAGUAACCCCUACUGUACAGGUAUCCAGGGUAUUGUGGAUGCCUACCGUCAAGCCCUGCCCCAAGUUCGCCUCUAUGGCCCCACCAAUUUUGCACCCAUCAUCAACCAUGUAGCCAGGUUUGCAGCUCAGGCUGCACAUCAGAGGACUGCCUCGCAAUACUUCGUGCUGUUGCUACUAACUGAUGGUGCUGUGACUGAUGUGGAGGCCACACGUGAGGCUGUAGUUCGUGCCUCUCACCUGCCCAUGUCAGUGAUCAUUGUGGGUGUGGGUGGUGCUGACUUCGAGGCCAUGGAGCAGCUGGAUGCUGAUGGUGGACCCCUGCGUACACGUUCCGGGGAGGGAGCUGCCCGUGACAUAGUGCAGUUUGUGCCUUACCGCCGCUUUCAGAAUGCUCCUCGGGAGGCAUUGGCACAGACUGUGCUUGCAGAAGUACCUGGACAACUGGUCUCCUACUUCAAGGCCCAAGGUUGGGCCCCCUGCAAGCCGCUUCCACUCCCAGCCAAGGCUCCUGCACAGGCCCCUCAGCCCUAGAUUCUCCUGGAGGGUAGGUUGUGGCUGGUCCUCAGCCCUGAGUCCCCAAGGUCCAUGUGCACCAGCGCCCACCCCUGCACACACUCCUCAGUGCUAGCACUUUAUAUUUUAUACUUUUAUAUUUGCCCCUGCUAUUGCUGCUCCUGAUUGUACCUUUUUGCCCCUGGAGCCCCUCAUUCAAUAAAGAUCAAUGACGACCACU